AAACUGUACAGAGCGUCCUUUGAGAAGAACAGAGGAAACUUCAAGUACACCUGCGACACGCCGUUCUUCCAGGCCGCCAAGUAUGCUUCCACCCUCAUCGACGACAGGUCCUACAGAGCUUCUUAUGAGAAAACCAAGGAUAAGUUCACCAUUACUACAGAUGAUCCUAGAUACAAGCUGGCCAAAGCAAACAACAAGAUGAGCCAGUGGAAGUACAAGGAGCAGUAUGAGCGUGCAAAGGACAAGUUCACCUCAAUCCUGGAGACUCCAGAGUACGAGGCGCACAAACGCAGCAAGAAGAUCCAUGACAUCAUCUACAAAAUGGAGUACAACAAGACCAAGGCUAAGGGAUACACCUUGCCUUACGACACCCCUCACGGGCAGCACAUGAAGAGAGUGAAGGAAAUCACCAGCAACCUGAAGUACAGAGAAGUGUAUGAGAAGAGCAAGGCCCAGAUCAACAUAGCACCGGACGCUUUCUCGAUCCGUGCUGCCAAGGAGGCCUACAAGAACACCAGCAAUCUUGACUACAAGAAGAAGUAUGAAGCCACCAAGAACAAGUGGAUCUGGACGACAGACAGACCCGACUUCCUCAAUAAUGCCAAGAACACCCUGCAACAGAGUGACGUUGAGUACAAGUAUGACAAAGAGUCGAUGAAGGGCUGUGUGAUCCCCGUGGUGGAUGAUAAGUUUACCCUCCUGGCGAUGAAAAACAACGAAAUGUACAGUGAAUUGAAGUACAGAGAGAAGUAUGAGAAGUCAAAGGGCCACUACCAGCCCAUCAGCGACACUCCUCAAAUCCUCCAUGCCAAGGCUGUGCGCAGUUUGGCAUCAGAGAGCAAAUACAAGGAGGCCAGUAAGAAGGAGAUGCAGUCCGGCUCGUUCACCACGCUGUCUGAGACCCGUGACACCGUCCACAGCAAGGAGAUCAACAAGCUUAUCAGCGGGAAACUGUACAAAGCGAAGUUUGAGAAGGAUAAGGGCAAGUCUGUUUACAACAACAUGGUCGUUCCACCUGAAGUUCAGCACGCCAUGGGAGUCGCCAAGAGCCAGAGCAACAUUCAAUACAAGAAGGAUGCCAAAGCCAACCUGCACUACACGAGUGUGGCCGACCGUCCCGACAUCAGGAAGGCGACCCAGGCUGCCAAGCUGAUCAGUGAAGUUGGUUACCGUGAUAAGGCCCGUGAGGCGGCCAGCCGUGGAGGAUCGCUGGCGCACCGCCCAGACAUCGCUCUGGCCACUGAGGUGUCCAAGCUGACCAGCCAGGUGGAGGCCAAGCCCUCCUCCCAUGGAGCAGCUUCCUAUGAUACCCCCCAGAUGCGCCACAUUAAGAAAAUGAGUGCCGUGACUAGUGAUUUGAAAUACAAGGAGAAGUUUGACAAGGAGAUGAAGGGAAGGAAACAGCAGUAUGACCUGCAGAACAGUAAGAUUUACCAGACGCUGAAGGAAGCCACCGUGCUGGCUAGUGAGGUGAAGUACAAGACAGACUUGAAGAAGCUCCACAAGCCUGUGACCGACAUGGCGGAGUCUCUGUCCAUGCAGCACAACCUGAGCACCAGCAAACUGUCCAGCACCUACUGCUACAAGAAGAAAUUUGAGGAGAGUAAGGGUCACUACCAUAUGAUUGCUGACACACCAGAAUCGCUUCAUCACAAGGAGGCCACUGAGCUCCAGAGCAACGUGAAGUACAAGGAGAAGUAUGAGAAGGAGAAGGGAAAGGCCAUGCUGGACUUUGAGACGCCGACAUAUGUGACGAAUAAGGAGUCUCAGCACAUGCAGAGCCAGAAAGACUAUAAGAAGGACUUUGAGGAGAACAUGAGGGGCAGAAACCUCUCAUCGCUCGAGGUGACUCCUGCCAUGACACAUGUCAGGCACGCCACCCAAAUAAUGAGCGAGAAAGAGUACAGGAGGGAUCUAGAAGAGGGAGUGAAGGGUAAAGGGCUAACUUUACUGGAGGAAACUCCGGAGCUUUUGAGAGCAAGGAAUGCCACUCAUAUCCUAAGUGAGAGAGAGUACAAGAAGUCGCUGGAAACUGAUAUUAAGGGCAGGGGGAUGAUGGCUUUGGCGACAGACACUCCUGACUUCAUGAGGGCGAAGAACGCUACUGACAUCCUCAGUCAGAAUAAGUACAAACACACCGCUGAGAUGGACAGGGCGAGCUUCACGAGUGUCAUCGACACCCCGGAGAUCAUCCAUGCUCAGCAGAUGAAGAACAUCAUCAGCCAGAAAAAGUACAAAGAGGAGGCUUCGAAGACCAUGUCUCAAUAUGUGCCGGUGUUCGACACUCCAGAGAUGCAGAGAGUCCGUGAGAACCAGAAGAACUUCAGCACUUAUCAGUACCAGAUUGACCAUAAAAACAUAAAGGGCAAAGUGUCUACUAUAAAGGACACUCCUGAAAUGCUCCGUGCUAAAGAGAAUACAAAGAAUUACAGCUUGAUUCAGUACAAAGAGGAUUUGGGAGGAGGAACAUCCUUAUCCGAGACCCCCGAGAUGGAGAGGGUUAAACGCAACCAGCGCAACAUUAGCACGAUUCAGUACAAGGACUCUUUGGGUCAAGGCACGUCCAUACCAGAUCUGCCCGAGGUGAAGAGGGUCCGAGAAACCCAGAAGAAUAUCAGCUUGAUUCAAUACAAAACAGGAGUGGAACAAGGCACGUCAGUAUCAGAGACCCCCGAGAUGGAGAGGGUGAAACGCAAUCAGCACAACAUUAGCACGAUUCAAUACAAAACAGGAGUGGAACAAGGCACGUCAGUAUCAGAGACCCCCGAGAUGGCGAGAGUUAAACGCAAUCAGCACAACAUUAGCACGAUUCAGUACAAGGACUCUUUGGGUCAAGGCACGUCCAUACCAGAUCUGCCCGAGGUGAAGAGGGUCCGAGAAACCCAGAAGAAUAUCAGCUUGAUUCAAUACAAAACAGGAGUGGAACAAGGCACGUCAGUAUCAGAGACCCCCGAGAUGGAGAGGGUUAAACGCAAUCAGCACAACAUUAGCACGAUUAAAUACAAGGACUCUCUGGGUCAAGGCACGGCGAUAUCGGACCUCCCAGAGGUGAAGAGGGUUCGAGAAACCCAGAGGAACAUCAGCUCGGUGUUGUAUAAAGACAGUUCAGCCAAGGGAACCCCUGUGGUGUGUACCCCAGAGAUGGAGCGAGUCAAAAGGAACCAAGAGAACAUUAGCUCGGUUCUGUACUCUGACAGUUUCCGUAAGCAGGUCCAGGGCAAGGCCGCCUUCGUUCUGGACACGCCUGAGAUGAGGCGUGCCAAGGAGAGCCAGCGCAUGAUUUCAGGAGUGAGAUACCACGAGGACUUUGAGAAGAGUAAGGGCAGCUUCACUCCCACCAGCACCGACCUAACGACUGAACGUGUGAAGAAGAACACGCAGGAGUUCAGCGACAUCAACUACCGUGGCAUCACCAGGAAAGUGGUGGAGAUGGAGAGGAGGAGGGCCAUCGAGCACGACCAGGAGACCACCACCGAUCUGCGUGUCUGGCGCACAAACCCCGGCUCUGUGUUCGACUACGACCCGGCCGAGGACAACAUCCAGUCCAGGAGUCUGCACAUGAUGUCAGUGCAAGCUCAGCGCCGCAGUAAGGAGCACUCCCGCUCCACCAGCGCUCUGAGCGGCCUCGCUGACGAGAAGUCUGAAGUUUCCCAGGACCCUGAACACCACAUGUCCCUCUACAGCAACGGCUUCAUGGCCUCCUCCACGGGUUACCAGCAUGCUAAGACAGUGGAGCUCCAGCAGAGGUCUUCCUCAGUCGCCACCCAGCAGACCACCGUCUCCUCCGUCCCCUCCCACCCCUCCACCACCGGGAAAACCGUGCGUGCCAUUUACGACUACGCGGCGGCCGACAGCGACGAGGUUUCCUUCAAGGACAGCGAUGUGAUCGUGAACGUGCAGGCCAUCGACGAGGGCUGGAUGUAUGGCACCGUGCAGCGCACCGGCAAGACCGGCAUGCUGCCCGCCAACUACGUGGAAGCUAUCUAAAGACAAAGCCCGCCCACCGACCCUCCAGAGAAGCACAUCCACAGGGCGACUUCCUGUCAACACACCUGUGGCUUUAGUGCAAUGUGUAGCCUGUAGUUAGUUUAGAUCUGUGUAUUUUAACUGUUAUCUUUCAAAUGCUGCUGCCCCCCCCCCCCGUUACCUGUGGAUGUGACACAAGACACAUUUAAACAUGUCUGAUUAUGCAUACCUAUACUAUUUUAGAUUGUUACAAUUGAGACGCCUCGGGAAAAUCACUCACUUUGUAUAUUUCAAUAAUAUUUAAUAUAUAUAAACCUCUUUGUUCAGGAUGUAUUACCCGAGCAACGGGUUCAAAUUAUGCCUGUAACUAAGGAGUCAGUCACUCCUCCAUGAUGAAACCGCUCCUGAAGAGUGUGUACGAGAGCCUCAGUCUUCCCUCCUUUACACUGAAGGCUGGCCACUAGUGUGUGUGUGUUUUGUGUCUUCAGAUUAUACAGGUCCUCUACCUUUAAUCAGUAGCUAAUAAAGCACACCAAGCUCCUGCAGCA